AGCGCAGUGCUCCCUCUGCUCCCGCCGCUCCGGUCUCAUCCCGUCAUGGUUCGCCUGCGUCUGCAGUGUCUCGUCUGGGGCUGCUUGUUGACCACCGUCCACCUGGAGCCUCCCACUCCAUGCAAACAAGAACAGUACCAAAUAGAGGGCCAGUGCUGUGAUUUGUGCCUUCCAGGAACGAAACUGAUGAAGGACUGCACCGACGGUGUCGACACAGUCUGCGAGCCUUGCCAAGCAGGCGAAUUCCUGGACACCUUGAACAGAGAGAUGCGCUGUCACCAGCACAAAUACUGUGACCCCAACCUAGGGCUCCGGAUCCAGACAGAGGGCACCUCAGAGACAGAUACCACCUGCACCUGUAAAGAGGGCCAGCACUGCACCAGUGACACCUGUGAGAGCUGUGCCCCACACAGCUCCUGCCACCCUGGCUUUGGGGUCGAGCAGAUUGCUACAGGCACUUCUGAUACCAUCUGCACACCCUGCCCAGUCGGCUUCUUCUCCAAUGUGUCAUCUGCUUUCGAAAAGUGUCACCCUUGGACAAGCUGCAAGACCAAAGACCUGGCAGAACUGAAGGCAGGGACUAACACGACUGAUGUUCUCUGUGGUCCCUGGCCUCGGACGAGAGCCCUGGUGGCAAUCCCCAUCACCUUGGGGAUCCUGUUUGUCAUCUUUGUAUCUGCUUAUAUCAGUGAGUCCUCAGAUAAGGUGGUCAAGAAGCCAGACAAUAAGGCUUACCCAGGUGAGGGCGUAAGGAAGGCUCCCGAGGAAAUGAUUUUCCUGGAUGACAUUCCUGGCCAUAACCCGGUGGCUCCAGUGCAGGAGACCUUACACGGGUGCCAGCCAGUCACCCAGGAAGAUGGCAAAGAGAGCCGCAUCUCGGUGCAGGAGAGACAGUGAAGCUGUGGCUGCCCAGGAGAGAGGCAGCCUGGGCAAUGGACACCUGACCAAAGAGCCCAGAACUACAGCUGCAGCAAGAGGGCGGGGGCUGGCGCUGUACAGCCCCCUCUGCCUGCCCCCUGAUGUCAGGAGAAACAGUUCACCUUGGAGGACUCCUCACGCCAGCCUUGGAGCCUAGCCUGUCUCCCAACUUGCUUUUAAAGAUGGAGGCAGAACUCUUUGGGGGGCCAUAGAGUAAUAGCCACCAAGCCCUCCAGCCUGCCAGGGAUGUCGCAUGGUGGUUUCCAUGUUCCCAGGAAGACAUACAUGCGAAUGAUCAUUGCACUGUUGUUUGUGGUAGCGAAAAACUGGAAACCACUUAACUGCCCAUCGUCAGGGGACUGGCUGAAGAACAUUGUAAUAUAUUUAUACAAUAGGAUGGCAAAGAUGGAAAAAAAAAGGCAACUUGUAGAACGAUGGGUACAGAAACUUUUUUUUUUAAAGCACACGCUCAAAAACAAUAUGAUGUGUUGUCUGUGGAUAUGUGUUCAAACACAAGGUACAUUGUAUAUGUAUGCAUAAAAAGCGUUCUGGAAGGAUACAUAGAAAUCCAUAACUCAAAGUGUGGUAAUGUCUGGGGUGGGCAAGAAGGGUCUGGGGAAGGCUGGUUAAAGGAGACUUGAAUUUCCCAUAAUGCUUUAUUAUUAUUUUUUUUUUCAAAAAGAGAGUGAAUUCAUGUAUUGCUUAUGUAAUUAAAAAAUCAUCAAACAUGUAAAAAGAAA